AUGUUAUUCUUGAAACCAAGAUAUAACCUAUGGAUAAAACAUGUUAGCAUAAUCCUACGAUCAAUUAGGCUUUUAAGCAGUGACGCAGAAGUGGUUUCAAGUGAAGCUAUACAAAAAUCCAAAAUAUGGCUUCAGACUGUAGAUACUUCAAUUAUUCCAAAACAUUUAUUUGAAAUAACUUACAGUCGUUCAUCUGGACCUGGAGGACAAAAAGUGAAUAAGACAUCUUCAAAAGCCACAAUAUCGUUACAAUCUGGAAUGUGGCUAAAUCCUACAAUUUGUUAUUGGAUUCCAUCACCAAUACUUGAACAGUUGCAAUCCCUGCCAAUACGGUAUGAGACUAAACUGAGAGGUUUAGUCAUACAAUGUGACUCCAGUAGAAACAGAGAUGAAAACACUGAGGAAUGUUUUCGAAGGCUACUUGAAGAAAUUAAGUCAACUAUAUAUUUUGCACCCGAAGUAAAAGAGGAAGAUAAAUUAAAAUGGGAUAUGUUACAAGAGGAUUUUAAGGAGCGUAAAAAGUUCAACAAGAAGAAACAAUCCGAUAAAAAACGAAGCCGUUCUAAAAAAUUUGAUUUGUAA